GCACCCGGGAGCGACCAAGCUAGCUGGGACUGCAUCGCCGACGCUUCAUUGGGUAAGCAGAGUCGGCUUCAAGGGCAAGCUUAUGCAGCCCUCAGGCUGCUCUGGACGCAAAAGCGGGUACUGAACCUGGAGUCUUUGUGCUCCUCAACACCAGCCAGGUCCUGUUGGUGCGUCCAAGGACCCCUCGUUACUAUCGUGCUCCGGGAGCUAGACUAGAGCGGGUGCCAGGUGGGCGUGCCUGGAUCGUACCCGGCAUUGUUUGGAAUAUCCAUCCGCGGGAAGAGUUCACGCCCCUCUUACCAAUAUUCCCCAAACGAGAUUCAAGUCCUAUGGCGCUCCCGCUUGUGCUACCACUUCACCUUUCGCUGUGUAUAAAGUUGCUCUGCCUCUUGCCCUGAUAUAGCUCCCCGCCCAGAAUGUCUGGCCUCUUUCCCCCUCACUACUCUCUUGCUGGAUAUGCGACCACCCAAGGAAGAGGAGGCUAUUACGCAGAGGCAGCUCCUUCGUCAACAAAUCCACCAAGUGCUGAUCCGGAAUCUGGCGACAUUCCGCAAGUGAAUAUCCUUGAAUGGUUUCCCGCGUAUCAGAGCUGCCAGCGCUUCUUCCUCGACCACGCUCAGCACGAGCCCAAUACCCAGGCCCUCGCUGCCUUUCUCAACAUCUUCCUGCCCUUCCAAUGGAGCUCAAACCCGCUCUCAAAAUCGACGGGCAUACCCGCGACCGGACCGGCAGCAUAUAUUCAACCAUGGCACAUGAGACAUAGCCAGACAUCCACUCCGAUUGGCCAGCCCGCCCUGGCGUUCUCUCUCAUCCCCUACAUCCGCCGCCUAGUCGUGACCGGCAACGACAGGGAGGCCAUACUGCACGAUCUAUUCGGAGAAGACUGGAAAAAGGGCGUUGGCAUCUUGGUGGAGAUGGAACGGCGCAAUUACCUUUUCGCAGCGAAGAGCGUGAGCUGGGAAAAGGUGAAGGAGCACUACGACAUGUCGGCCAGCGAGACGGUCCCCUUCCUCUCCCCACUGCGCAGCGUCAGGGAAGAGGAGAUCCAAAUAGCCGAGAACGCGUGGAGCAGAUGGCUCAUGAUGCAGGACUGGCUGCUGGGUCCGCGAGCACCAGACGUGGGGGACCAGCACUCAUGAGUCGUGAUUCCAGGUUAUUUCUGUUUCCUCUUCCUACUUCGGGUUUUGAUGUCGAUCUGGAGGACUUUGGCGCUGUCGCGAGGAUCGAGGAACGACGUGUACGCGCAAAAGUUGUUGCGGAU